UAGUGUAAUAUAAAUAUUUUAUCAAUGUGAAAAACUGAAAAUAAAGUCGGUAGCAGUUACAAAUCCACACAUGUAUUUUUAUUGGAGUUCGUGGUUAAUGACUAUGGAUAAGUGGGGCUAAUUAAAACAGCUAACGGUAUCAAUGUUUAAUAUUGAAACAAAGUUGUAAUGACAACAGGAUAAUAUGUAAUAUUCUCCAUCUUCUUUCAUGAUAAUUUAUAUUUUUUAGACAUAUUAUUUCAUUUGCUUGAAUAUCAGGCUAUGUCUACCUGUUUCCACCAGUAACUAUUCUCAUUCAUUAUUGGAAAUCAAGUACAUAUUUUGGUAUUUUUACUAAGUUUUGAUAUAAACCUAUAAAGCGUCCAAAAAGACUAUUUAAAUGGGGUGGUCCAACAAACAAACUGUGAUCGAUUAUUGGGUCCAUUGAUCCAAAAAAUAGAAGCUGCUUUCGAACGCACCUGUCAAACUCUUUACUAGAGUUACGUCCCCUUGUUCAAUGUUUACAUAUGGUGCGCACAGCCUGACCCAUCUCUACUGCUCUGUAAUUUGUAACAUAUACUGCCAGUAAAAUAAGCAGAUUUGUUUACCAGCAAAGUUCAAAUGAAUGACACGCGAUAGUAACCGUGGAGAGACUAGUAGGAAGGCUGACUCAUUGUCGUUUUUCUAGCUUUGAUCUGAACAAUAACCUGCAAUGGAAUCAGAACAAGAAUCACUGGAUUAUCCGCCGCCUCAUCAGCAUGUGUCUCCCUCCAGUUCCCCUCCUCAACAUCAACAAGUAUCUCCCUCCAUUUCCCCUCCUCCACAUCAGCAUGUGUCUCCCUCCAGUUCCCCUCCUCUACAUCAACAAGUGUCUCCCUCCAGUUCCCCUCCUCCACAUCAGCAUGUGCCCCCCUCUCUGCCUCAUGUACCACCGCCCCCUCCUCCUCCUCCUCCUCCUCCAUUACCUGUGCCCUUGCCACUGGAUGGCGCAGCUAUUACUAUAGAUGACAUGCGUGUGAGGGAGAGUGAACCAAUUAAUGGAUCUGAUCUUCUGUUGGAAGUUCCCAAUGACGAGGAAGAUAUCUUUAAAGCUGUAAGAUAUAAUGAUUUGGACAUGAUAGGGAGACUUGUGAGAGCUGGGAUCAACAUCAACUCUAAACAUCAAGGGAUGGCUUGUACUGUGAGGUGUCGUAUGUUGGCGAGUCACAUCAAGAUGACAAAGUAUACUCCUCUACAUGUUGCAGUCCUGCAGAGUCCUUUGAAGACUAUAUCCUUCCUGGUAGAUCAUGGAGCUGACGUAAAUAGCUGUGAUGGGAACAGCCGAGUGCCUUUACACUAUGUAGCGAAUGCUGGCAGGGCCGAUGUUCUCCAGUUCCUCUUACAGAAAGGUUCAAGUUGCAAUGUACAGUCAGCCAGUAUGAAAACUCCACUUAUGUAUGCAGUGAUAAAGGGCGACCCCAUGUCUAUCAACCUGUUGAUCAAGGCUGGUGCUGAUGUUGACAUUACGGAUGAGAAGGGAACAUCAGCACUCCAUCUGGCCAGCUUCACCAUGCCAGUCAAACAUUAUGUAGUCCAACUUUUACUAAAGGGUGGUGCUAAUGUCAACAUUGCCAACAAGAAGGGUGCCACACCUCUGAUGAUGUCAGUAGCUACUAGAGAUAUCGCUCUCAUGGAGAUGCUGUUGGAUGGAGGAGCAGAAGUUGAUAAAGUGGACAACAGGAGAAGAAGCACAUUUCACUCUGUGAUUGAGCUAAGCUCCAGAGCCGUCCCUACUAUUGCCAGGUUGUUGGUUCAGAGAGGUGCUGAUAUCAACACCGUAGACAAAGACGGAGGCACUCUUUUGUCUAAGUCAAUUCGAUUUGGUAAAAUGGAGACUAUACUGAUGCUACUGUCAAUGGAUUGUUAUCGUGAUAUGGACCUUCUUCUUGGUGAAAAAAUCACAGACUUACGAGAAUCCUACUCACACUUUAACAAGCUAAUGGAGAAGGAACUCAACACUCCCAGAUCCUUACUGAGGUGUUGUCGCUACACAAUAAGAAGCCACGUAAGCAAAGGUCACAUGACUGACCUUGACAAAUUGAUGAUACCAAGAACUUUGAAGAAUUAUCUUCAGUUGAAAUGAUACUAAUGUGAAGUUGUUUCUGAGACAGUCAUACUUGGUCUUCUCCUCGAAAUGCAACGUUACAAGUUUGCAAAUUCUUUUUGUCCGAUCAAAAGAUCAAACAACAAAGCGAUAACGCUUUUCUGCAGUCAUUAUGACCAGUAACAAGGAUUCAUUUGAACACCUUUUCUUUGCCUACACGUUUAUGCUACUACAUAUGUCGAAAUCGAAAGCUUUUAAAUGUUGAGUGUCACAUUGACAGCUUUUAAAUGUUGAGUGUCACAUUGAAAGCUUUUCACUGAUGUAGUGUUAUCGGAGCGAGCUGCAAGCCCUGGAUACAUAACAACAGGAGAAAAUUAAGCAUGCGUUGUUAGCAUUUGUUUGGGAUGUUUCUUAAAUGAAGUGAGCCUGUUGUGAUACUUUUAAUAAUGUGCUUGUACUGGUUGUGACCUUCUGUGCCAAAAUCGGGUAAUAUGUUAUUAGCUGUUGUUAUUUUUGUAAAUUUACACUAUUCCACUUUUAAAGUACUGUCAUAGUGAAUACCAAUUGUUGGGGUCAAUUUCGUGGUUUCUAUACAUGAUUUCAAUGGGAUUUCAAAAUGUACAAAAGAAACAAAAUUUGUUUUACAGUACUCGUUCAAUAUUAGUAUUUUUACCUCAUUUUACUAUACCUACAAAGUCGACCCAUGAAGAAUACGCUAAACUGUAAUUUAUAUCAAAUUUGAUAUAUAUCCAUAUUUUCAACUACUAAACAUUUUCCAUUUAGUUUAUAGAAAGAGUAAGAGGAUAGAAACAAAACCCAGAUGUUUAUCCAAAUGCUGUUUGUGUAAAAGUUGGCAUGAUUUUUUACCAUUACUCCACGAGUAAAAAUGAUAUAGUAUAUUUUUAGGUUUCUUAGAUAAAACGAUUAUGGGAAAACAUAGUAAGUGUGAUUCAAUGGAGACAUAUACUUAGUUUUAUGUAAUUAUACUGUAACAUUUAUGGUAAUUUAAUGUCUGUGAGUUGGAAGUGAUCGCUUUAGUAUGAAUGAGAUACCACCUCUUGUUGUAUAUGAUAUGCAAGUCUUUGUGACACUGUCUCUUAAGUGACAUUAUUGUUAUAUCAUGUACAGAAUGCUUUUAAGUAUGAGUUAUUUAUAUGAAGUAUUUUUAUUUAAUGUAUACAUGAAUUUCAUAUUUUUUGGUGAUGGUAUGCUAUCUCUUUAUUUUCAAAGUGAAUACAUUUAUAAUGGAAUUAUGGACAUAUAUGAUUCCCUUUGAUAUUCUUCUAUUAUACCAUGUGUAUUGCUUAAAUCAAGUUAUAUUAAAUAUUCCCAAUCUGAUUAAAAUCUUACCCUUGACUCACUACUUAGUCUCCAUACGUAAAAGACAUAUGAUACGAUUUAUUAGAUAAUAAGCGUUCUUCACUUUAUAACAGAUUUAAUUUAUACAGAUUUAAUUUAUAACAGAUUUAACUUUCUACAUUUAUUUAAUUACAAGAUUUAGAACUUUAUGAGAUUCAAAAGAGUUAUUACCAGACGAAAAAGGAUAUUGUUUUAUAAUAGAUUGAUUUUUUUUUUAUUUAAUAUUAAUAAACUAAAAUAAUGUAAUCAGUAGCUGUAUCUUGAUUGGUGAAGCCCUUUUCUGUAUUCUUAAGUUAGAUGUAUGCAGGAAAGUGAAUUUUACUUAAUCAUAUAAAUUUGCUAUUUGCUAUUGAA